AUGCCCAGGUACAACCUGGUGGUUUGUCGAAACAGCUUCCUGCCAUGGGCCAUGGUCCACGUGCACACAGAUGGUUUGCAAGCCAAUGGCACAAAGAAAGUCUACUGCGGCUACAAAGCUGGCCUACCGUUGUGGUCCCACACCGAGACUUUGCCAGCGGCGCAGAGAUUCCUUGAAGACUUCGCACCCAGACAAGGAAGUUCUUCCUGCUGGGUGCUCGAAAUGCAGGGCACAGGUUGUCAUUCAGUUGCGCUGCAGAGGCCCUCGCGCUGGGGGGCUGAAGCUGCUCGAGAUCACAAAGUUGCAAGGUUUUAUCGUGCCAGCUUUACGACUGCGGGGUUUGCUGUUGCGCUGCUUGCAAGUGCUCUAUGUGUGGCUGAAUGUUGCGCCAUCAGACUGGGGGUGGAAAAGCCUGGCGCUGACGACGCUUCAGCCUUGGAGGAGGAGUUGCCAAUGGAGACGUUGUCCGAGCGGGUACGCAGAGUUCAGCAGCGUUGGGGCAUCUUCCGGGCUUUCCUGGUCCAAGAGUACGAGCCCUUGAGCUCGGCAAGGGACGUCGUGGACAGGACAGGCAGGUUAUCGGGAGCUGCCUGA